GAAAUGAAAUCCCACGGCCACGAUAAAAUGACAUUACGCUUCAAACGUUAGCUUUUCAGGCGGUAGGUGUCCUGACUCCUGACUCGAGUCCUGACUUCCUGAGGCGCAGCACUGUCUAGCGUCUGUGUCUCGCCUCUCCUGUCCUGUGUAGUGUGUCCUCUCUCGUUUCUCCCACGCUCCUUUUCUUUGGACACAAAAAAGCAAACAAAGCGUGUUCGCUUUCAAGCCUCUAUCACUCCGGCCGACACCGUAAAUAUUUGGAAGGAAUUCCAAAGUUCUUUCCGCGUUGGGAGAUGCAGAGGAAGUGAGAAUGUGAUGAAUAGGAAAGCCAAGAAGAGGGAGAGAUGGCGAGGGUAGAAUUGGGAUACCCAGCAAGAGGAAAGUKGUGGUGUUCUUAUAAGAGAACCACUGCCGUUAUAUGUUCCAUUAACAUUGUUGCAGCUCUCUACGUUCUCCACUCUCUAUCUACCUCGCUUUAUAUAUUCAAUAAUGCCUCACCCAGUGCUUUUAAAUACAGUCAAGAUCAGAUUUGGAAAAUGGAAGAUUCAAUUCGUAUUCGGAAGGCGUCGGAACCCAUAGAGCUUGUUAGAUCGGUUAAGGAAAUGAAGGAGGAAUUUUCCAGAGAGAAAAGUGCAGUCGAAAUAUCCCACUCCAUGAAGCAGAAGAUAACCCAUGAGAUUCUACAGAGGUUGAAAGGGCUUAAUUCUAAUGCAAAUGUGAGUGAACAGCAAGAGUCUGUGGAGCUCUGGCGAAAGGAAAAACUAGAAGAGGCCAAACAGUUGACAGUUCUAAAACCAACCAUGAAUUCAACCAUUCAAGUCAAAGAAGCGAAGAAUCUAGUAAGAGCCUUGGAGUCUGGCUGGACUAUGCUAUUGGAAGAAAUUGGCCUUUGGAUGCCAGCUGAAAUAACUAACAAGGAACAUGAUGACAAGGCAGAGGGUGAUCAAGAUCUCGAUGAUGAUAUUCUACCUGGUCGGCAAGUUCCACCUGAAUGCCAUGCUGAACUUCAUACUGAUUAUGGUGGGACUGCAGUUAGAUGGGGUCUUACUCACCCAAAGGAGAGUGCUGCUGACUGUUGUCAGGCUUGCUUUGAACAGGCUAAACGUGCAAAACCAGGUCAAAUGAAAUGCAAUAUAUGGGUUUACUGUCCAUCUGAGACAGGGUGCUACUCACCAGAUAUUUAUGAACACAAGAAUCAGGAGUGCUGGCUUAAAUAUGCUGAGAAACCUAAACUGAAUUUCAAAGACAAAUACUCUGAUUCAUACAGAAGUGCCCACCCAACAGCACCUGUAAUUGUUCCCUGGGUCUCCGGUGUUGUUAGUACAUGACGAGACUUUGGUAAUAAGAGGGGGGUGGCUAAUCUGAAGAUACUUCUCAAAAUUUAAAGGUCUCAAAUUUUGACCAUCCAUUGGAAGCUAGCUCAAUCUAAUUUGGACCAUCCAUUCUCCCCACUGUUUUUGCAUGCACUUGGCCUUUGUUCAUGUCUUCUAUAGUUAUUUUUAAUGUCUUCUGGGUGUGUUACAAUCCGAGCUUGGAAGAGGAAAAGAAGUGCUGUGUAUGGUUCUAAAAGUGCUAAGGCUUACAGUCUUGCACCACCUGGAGGAAUUUCUAGCAUUGAGGAUGUUGAUCAUGGUGCUACGACCUGCAAAGGUUCUUAGAUAAAUGAUCUGUCAUUGUUUAUUCAUUGUAAUGUGGACGCAAAUUGUUACACAUAAUUUAUUGCUUUUGAUAUACUGUUUCUCCCAAUGUUUUCAAAACCGUAUCGAACUGGACGAUUGAACUGGACGAUAAAUGAUCUGUCAUUGUUUA